AUGCUAGAUUGCAAACCUGCGAACACUCCUAUUAUUCAGAAUCAUCAUCUUGGAGAAUAUCCAGAUCAAGUUCCAACUAACAAAGAAAGAUACCAAAGGUUAGUGAAAAGAUUGAUCUAUUUGUCACAUACUCGACCAUACAUUGCUUAUGCGGUGAGCAUUGUCAGUCAAUUUAUGCACUCUCCAAGUGAAGACCACAUGAAUGCAAUUCUUCGGAUACUUAGAUAUUUUAAGUCUGCACCUGGAAAAGGACUUAUGUUCUCAAAGCAUGGUCAUCUAAAUAUUGAUGGUUAUUCAGAUGCAAAUUGGGCAGGUAAUGUAACAGAUAGAAAAUCCACAUCGGGUUACUUCACAUUUGUGGGAGGUAAUUUGGUGACAUGGAGGAGUAAGAAACAGAAUGUAAUAGCUUUAUCCAAUGCAGAAGCCGAGUUCAGAGGCAUGACUAAAGGGAUUUGUGAACUUCUUUGGUUAAGAAAGUUGCUUACUGAACUUGGGUAUAAGCCUACAUCUACAAUGAAUCUCUUUUGUGACAACAAGGCUGCUAUAGCCAUUGCACAGAAUCCGGUUCAGCAUGAUCGUACUAAACAUGUUGAGGUGGAUCGACACUUCAUCAAACAGAAGCUUGAGGCUAAAGUGUUUCAGUUUCCAUUUGUGAAAUCCGAGGAUCAAUUGGCGGAUAUUUUGACAAAGGCGAUUUCCAGUAAAGCAUUCCACAAUUCACUGAAUCAGUUAGGCAUUGGCGACAACUAUGCACCAAUGUGA